AUGGGUGCCUUUGUCGGAAGUGAGGCGCCCUACUGGAAAGACGCAACCUUUUACCAAGUCUACCCGGCCUCCUUCAAGGACUCCAACAAUGACGGCUGGGGAGACCUUGCGGGUCUCAUUUCCAAACUCGACUACAUCUGCGACCUCGGCAUUGACGUGCUUUGGCUCUCGCCCAUUUUCGAGUCGCCCCAAAAGGACAUGGGCUAUGACGUUUCCGACUACCAGGCCAUCUACAAACCUUACGGCACCGUGCAGGAUGUCGACACGCUCGUCAAAGAGUGCCAUCGGAGGGCCAUGAAGGUCAUCCUAGACCUGGUCGUGAACCACACCUCGUCGGAGCAUCCGUGGUUCAAAGAAUCGCGUUCCUCGAGAAAUAACCGCAAGCGAGACUGGUACAUCUGGAAACCGCCGCGGUACGACGAAAAGGGCAAUAGACGUCCUCCGACCAACUGGCGAGGCUACUUUGCAACCUCGACCUGGACGUGGGACGAGGCCACUCAGGAAUACUACCUCCAUUUGUAUACGGCUCAUCAGCCGGACCUCAACUGGGAGAACAAAGAAUGUCGAGAAGCCAUCUAUCGAGAAAUGCGCUUUUGGCUGGACCGCGGCGUCGAUGGAUUCCGCAUCGACACCGUCAACAAGUAUUCCAAGAGACAAGACUAUGUCGAUGCGCCCAUCGCCGAUCCCACUUCCGAGCACCAACCUGCCCCGGAGAUGUGGUGCAAUGGCCCCAGAAUACACGAGUUCAUCAACGAGAUGAACCGCGAGGCCUUGGCUCCCUACAAUGCCGUUUCUGUCGGAGAGCUGUCCUCAACGCCGCACCCGUCGCAGGCUGUCCCCUACGUCUCUGCCGCCGCCAAGGAGCUCGACAUGGUCCUCGAGUUGUCCGUCAUUCGUCUUGGAACCGGAGAUGGUUUCGGCGCCAAGUACAUCUACAGCCCAUACCCGCUCACCAAACUCAAAGCCCUCACACAAACGUGGCAGUCGUUUAUUGAGGGCACAGACGCCUGGACAACCGCCUUCAUCGAGAACCAUGACAAUGGCCGAGCAAUAUCGCGAUUCGGGAAUGCCUCUACGCGCGAAACCUGGUUGUCGUCUGGUAAGUGUAUUGCUCUGUGGCAAGCUACCCUCACCGGGUCGCUUUUCAUCUACCAAGGACAAGAGAUUGGUAUGGUGAACAUGCCAGGCAUUUGGGGCGUCGAGGAAUACAAGGAUGUCGAAAGUCGCAACUUUUACGCCGAGGCGGCCGCGUCAGGGAGUGACAAGAGGACGCGAGAUACGAUCAAGGGCCUGCAAAUCCUGGCAAGAGACCACUCCAGAAUCCCUUUUCAAUGGGACAACUCUCCCCACGCCGGAUUCACCGACGGCGGCAAACCAUGGAUGCGGGUGCAUGACAAUUACCCCUCCAUCAAUGCCGCGCAGCAAAUCCAAGACCCAACGUCAAUCCUGAGCUUUUACAAAAUGCUCCUCAGGACGAGAAAGGCGUACCGAGACAUCUUCAUCCACGGAUCGUUCAAGCUGAUUGACGCAGAAGACGAAAAUCUCUUCGCAUAUGUCAAGACAUCUAGCACUCGGACGAAUCGGCGUGGCCGAUUUGCCAAGGCAGUCGUGGUGCUGAACAUGAGUGACCAAGAACACGAAUGUCCGAAUCUACAGGAGUCUCUGAGCGGCGGCAAUGACGACUGGCAUUGUUUGAUCAGUACUGAAACAGAUGUCGAAGGGAGCGAGCCAGAUGGACGGUCGUUGAUUGGAGCUUGGCACGGGCGCUUGUAUGUCAAUUUUGGCGAAUGUAAAUAA